UACUUAAAUUUAUAAAAUAAAAUAUUUUUCAUAUAGUACAACAUAAGAAAUAAAACAUUUUUGUCUAUUAACACUUUAUUUUUUUAUCAAACUUCCAAAGUUCCGUCUCUAAAAAAAAAAUAAAAAAAAUCCUAAAUUAUAAUCUAAAACCCUACUUCUAACACGAAACGCCCUUUCCUUCCAGCAACCACCGAUGGGAAGGCGACGCGGCGGCGGCGGCGGCAGCGGUGGAAAACCGCAUUCGAACAAUGACCGAAUUCUCCGGCGCCACAUUGAAGCCGCCGGGAAAAACUACUCGACCGUUGACGAGCUGGUGGACCACCUCCGCUCCUCCUACCCGCACUACGCCCGCCACAAGCUUCGGCCUUUCACGAAGCAGGUGGAAAGAGUGUUUACGGUUUACAGCAAAAACAACGACACCAUGGACGACUACAACGACGACGGCGAUACUCCAAUCAUGAUCAAACGAAGGAAGAUAGACGAUAAAGAGGAGAAACUGCAGCUAAUUGAAGCCGAGCACUUGAGGCGUCGGAGCGGCGACAAUAGCGGCGGUUGCUCGUCGUCCUCGCUGGCGUCAUCUGGUUCUUCGGGAGGUGGCGGUUCUUCGGAUGAAGAGGAGUCGACGUCGGAGGACGCCGUGUACGGUGAGAAGUUCGAGCCGGAAUUUGAUUUGAUGAAGUCGAUGAUGCGGGAGGAUUUGCGUCGGAAAUCAAAGAAAUUGGAGAAAGGAAGAGCUGUUAAUAACGAAGCUGUGGAGUUGGAGGUGGUAGAUAACAAGGGUACGAAGGAGGUGCAUUUGAUGAAUGAGGAAUCUAAACUAGGUGACAGUGUGAAUAAAAAUUAUAGAAAAAAAUUGGAUAAAAAUGACAGGAAUAAUAACGGUGGGAAUGAUGGAAAUGUGAUUAAUGGGCCAAUGUUUAAGGAUUUAGGUGGGAUAAGUGAAGUGAUCGAGGAAUUGAAGAUGGAGGUCAUUGUGCCGUUGUAUCAUCCACAGCUGCUUCACCACCUCGGGGUGAAGCCUAUGGCGGGGAUUUUAUUGCACGGGCCACCGGGUUGUGGGAAGACGAAGUUGGCUCAUGCCAUUGCCAAUGAGACGGGUGUGCCAUUUUACAAAAUCGGUGCCACUGAACUGGUGUCUGGAGUUUCUGGUGCAUCAGAAGAGAAUAUACGAGAGUUGUUCAGAAAAGCAUACAGGACAGCACCAUCUAUUGUGUUCAUUGACGAAAUUGAUGCAAUUGCUUCAAAAAGGGAUAACUCUCAGAGGGAAAUGGAGAAACGCAUUGUGACACAGUUGUUGACUAGUAUGGAUGAAUCACACGUGCCUGUAGAGCCUGCCAGUGAUGAUGCAGCUUCUGCAAAUUCUAAUUGCAAACCAGGCUAUGUACUUGUGAUUGGAGCAACGAAUAGACCAGACGCUGUGGACCCUGCCUUGAGGAGGACUGGACGAUUUGAUCGUGAAAUUGUGUUAGGUGUUCCUAAUGAAGUUGCCAGGAUUGAAAUACUGUCCGUGUUAACACAGAAUCUUAGAGUUGAAGGUGCUUUAGAUCUUCUGAAAAUAGCUAGAUCGACUCCUGGUUUUGCUGGAGCAGAUUUGACAGCACUAGCUCACAAGGCGGGUAACCUUGCAAUGAAGAGAAUUGUAGACAAGAGAAAGGAUGAGCUGUCCAAAGAAGAGAAGGACAAGGUUCAUAGCGAAGAUUGGUUGAAGAGACCAUGGUCAGAUGAGGAAAUGGAGAAUCUCUAUAUAACCAUGGCUGAUUUUGAGGAAGCUGCUAAAAUGGUUCAACCUUCUUCUAGAAGAGAGGGAUUUUCUGCCAUACCAAAUGUUAAGUGGGAUGAUGUUGGGGGUCUUCAUUUGCUCAGAAAGGAGUUUGACCGUUAUAUAGUUAGACGUAUAAAGUUUCCUGAAGAUUAUGAGGAUUUUGGAGUGGACUUAGCGACAGGCUUUUUGCUUUAUGGUCCUCCUGGCUGCGGGAAGACGUUGAUCGCCAAGGCUGUGGCUAAUGAAGCAGGAGCUAAUUUCAUACACAUUAAGGGUCCUGAACUCUUGAAUAAAUAUGUGGGUGAAAGCGAGUUGGCAGUGCGGACAAUAUUCAGUCGAGCAAGGACAUGCUCUCCAUGCAUACUUUUCUUCGAUGAGGUGGAUGCGCUGACAACAAAACGAGGUCAAGAAGGUGGAUGGGUUGUUGAACGACUCCUGAACCAGCUAUUGAUAGAGCUGGAUGGCUCAGAACAGAGAAGAGGCGUUUAUGUAAUUGGUGCUACAAAUAGGCCUGAGGUGAUGGAUGAUGCAGUGCUCCGACCAGGAAGGUUUGGGAAGCUUAUGUAUGUUCCCCUCCCUAGUCCAGACGAACGAGGAAUGAUCUUGAAAGCUCUUGCUCGGAAGAAGCCAAUUGAUGCAGAUGUGGACCUCAUGGCUCUAGCCAAGGACAGUAGAUGUGACAAUCUUAGUGGCGCUGAUCUCUCUGCUCUGAUGAACGAAGCUGCUAUGGCUGCCCUAGAAGAUAAACAAUCAUCGACGGAUAGAAGUAGCAGCAUACAAUGGACGAUCAAAGAUGCACAUUUCACGAGCGCGUUGGAGAAAAUCUCUCCAUCUGUGUCUGACAAGCAAAUACAGUAUUACAAGCUUUUAUCGAAAAGUUUCAAAGCCGAAUGAGAGCAUAGUUUUGAUUCUUUAAUCCAUCCUCUGGAAGAGGUUCUUUUAGCAGAGGUUUGGUGGAGAAAUUUUGCAUUUUCUUUGGAUAAAAAGUUAUAUUGUUAGUUCUUGGGGUCGAUAAUUUUUUCUUGUUGUUGAAGCCAUUGGGAUCAAUACUUGUUUUUUCUGAAACUGUUAGAAAGUGUAUGUAACUAGAGGAACAUGAGUGUAAGGUUUUUAUUUAAUAGUGUAUCGUUAUUGUGUUUUUAA